GGGGGCUGGUUCGGCGCGGGGGCCGUUGGCUCCAGACAAAUAAACAUGGAGUCCAUCUUCCACGAGAAACAAGAAGGCUCACUUUGUGCUCAGCAUUGCCUGAAUAAUCUAUUGCAAGGAGAAUAUUUUAGCCCUGUGGAAUUAUCUUCCAUUGCACAUCAGCUGGAUGAAGAAGAAAGAAUGAGAAUGGCAGAAGGAGGAGUUACUAGUGAAGACUAUCGCACAUUUUUACAGCAGCCUUCUGGAAACAUGGAUGACAGUGGCUUUUUUUCUAUUCAGGUUAUAAGCAAUGCCUUGAAAGUUUGGGGUUUAGAACUAAUCCUGUUCAACAGUCCAGAGUAUCAGAGGCUGAGGAUUGAUCCUAUAAAUGAAAAAUCAUUUAUAUGCAAUUAUAAAGAACACUGGUUUACAGUUAGAAAAUUAGGAAAACAGUGGUUUAACUUGAAUUCUCUCUUGACGGGUCCAGAAUUAAUAUCAGAUACAUACCUUGCACUUUUCUUGGCUCAAUUACAACAGGAAGGUUAUUCUAUAUUUGUUGUUAAGGGUGAUCUACCAGAUUGUGAAGCUGACCAGCUUCUGCAGAUGAUAAGGGUCCAACAGAUGCAUCGACCAAAACUUAUUGGAGAAGAAUUAGCACAACUAAAAGAGCAAAGAGUCCUUAGAACAGACCUGGAACGAGUCUUAGAAGCAAAUGAUGGAUCAGGAAUGUUAGAUGAAGAUGAGGAGGAUUUGCAGAGGGCUCUGGCACUAAGUCGCCAGGAAAUUGACCUGGAGGAUGAAGAAGCAGAUCUUCGCAGGGCUAUUCAACUCAGUAUGCAAGGUAGUUCCAGAAAUAUAUCUCAAGAUAUUCCCCAAACAUCAGGUACAAAUCUUACUUCAGAAGAGCUGCGGAAAAGAAGAGAAGCCUACUUUGAAAAGCAACAGCAGCAACAACAGCAGAAGCAGCAGCAAGUAGGUCCACCAGGACAGGUUUCACGUCCAUGUGAAAGGCCAACCACAAGUUCAGGAGCACUUGGGAGUGAUCUAGGUGAUUCCAUGAGUGAAGAAGACAUGCUUCAGGCAGCUGUGACCAUGUCCUUAGAAACUGUUAAAAAUAAUUUGAAAACAGAAGGAAAAAAAUAAUACCUUUUAAAAAAAUCAUCUAGAUAUUCACACUUUCCAACCUUGUCCUGUGUGAUUACAGCAUAAGGUCCAUUUUGGUAAUGUGUCAAAGAACAAUGUUCAUCAAAGGAAAUAAGACCCUUGGGUGAUUUGCAAACACAAUGAGGAGAAGGUGAAAAUAUGCAUCAGUUGAAGCACUAAAUAAUGAUCCUCCAAAGACUAGCCAAAAAGGUAGACAGCAAUUAAAGAAUUUUAAAAUGGUUUCUAAAUGUUUCUUUUUCUUUUUGUGUGCAAUAUCUAACAUAUCUAAAAUUAGUAUAUUUUUCUUGACUCUUUUUGCAGACCAAACUAACUUGCUCUUCCACUUAACUUGUUCCAUUUGGUUCCGUUCUCUCUCUGUUGGGUUGUGAGUAAUUUGGCUCACUUUCAUCACCUAAUAACUGCUUGUAUUUCUCAUUAACCAAAUUAGCCUUUCAGGAAAAUGUCUGUCUGCCUCAACGAUAGUCUUAGUUCCAGAAGGAUAAACCUUUCUCCACCACCUAAUUGUGUUGUGCACUUGGUAGUUUUCUCCUGUUGUUUUCUCUGAUCACAAUUUUUUUGCUAGCUAGACUUCAUUGUUUUCCUACAGCUCUUUUGAGAGAUGGUAAUCUUUUCUGAGGUUUUGCUUUUUAAGCUCUCUACGAUGGGAUCAUUAUUUUAUGACUUUGGUGCAUUCCUAAAUUCUGAAAUCAGCUCUGCACAGUAUUUGAGAAUAAAUGAGCAUUUUUUUAAAAUGUGUGAGCACAUGCUUUCUCAGAUGCUUUAUCAAUGUCUUUUCAAUUAUGUCAGAACUUCUACAGCUUUGUUGUAAUUCCUUUCUCCUGAGCCUUAUUUCCUUUCUUCUCCAAUUGGGGAAUGUCGAAAAGCAUGGUGUGCAAGCACAUUUCCUUCUGUCAUAAGGCUUAACAUAUGUACCCACCAUGAAUGUAUGGUAGAUAAAAUCUGGCCUUCAAUUUUAGUAGUAGUUUCAUUUUAUUUUUUCUUUCGUGAUGGAGCCUUGUGUUGUAUUUACAAUUGAAUCAUGGAAUGUAGACGUCUGCUUCACAUUUUUUAGAAGGUAUAGCUUGCCAGAGAUGGUAAUAUGGAACAUGAAAUAGUUUACUAAUGAAAAUAUAUUUAAAUUUAUACUGUGAUAUGACACUUGCAUAAUGUUUAAAUAGCUUAAGCGUUAUUGAAGUCACAGUACUCAAUGAGUCUGUAAAUUAGAAAGUUCUUAGUUUUGAUAAACAUUGGGAUGCACAGAGAUUUUCUUGCUGGAUCAAUAUAGUGAUGUGAUUUUGGUGAAAAUUACCCAUGUCUCACCUGGUGCAAUGGCACAAGCCUGUAAUUCCAGCAACUCGGGAGACUGAGGCAGGAGUAUCACAAGUUCAAGAUCAGUCUUGUCAAUGUAGCAAGACCCUGUCUCAAAAUAAAAAAUUAAAAGGGCUGAGGAUGUGGCUCAGUGGUAGAGUGCUCCUGGGGUCAGUCCCCAGGGCCCCAAAAUAAAAAGAAAACCAUGUCUCUUAAUGGGCGUCUGUUAUUUGCUCCCUGCCCCUCACUUCCCACUCCUUUUUUGAAGCCCUUAAAAAUGUUGCAUUGUUCAUAAACUAAACUUGAAGAAAUUUCAGCUGACAACUUAAGAAACGUCAAGUAUGGCGUGUUGCCACUGGUUUGUGGCUGCACACAUUUUAUCAGGGAAUGCUUUUUGAGCUAGGAUUAUUGCUAACUAAAAGAGAUGAAAAAUAUCUUUUAUUUAUGAUUAUGAAAUAGCUUUUUCUUAGGACAGAUUUUUUAAGUCACUAUUUUGUGCCAAUUAAAGUUUUCCAAAGUUUCCCUCACACAAUUUUAAAGUUUUAUUUUAAAAUCUGAAGUUUUAACUAUUGAAAAUGUUGCAGAAUUAUAAAACUUCAGAAAUGCAAGGGAUGUUGGAGUAUAAGACUACUCCCUCAAAAUGUACAAAGCUAAAUAAACAUUUUAAGACCAAACAUUUAUGUAAUUAUCCCCAGUGUUCUAGCCAUAUUUUCCAUGGAUAUUUGGCCUUAACCUUUUCUCUUUGGAAAGUUGCAUAAACUUUUCACACAGUGAAUUGAUGAGCUACUUAAAAGUAGAAAACCAACAUGAAUUUAAAGUUUCAACUUUAUAGAGUUUACAAAGUUUAUACAUUAAGAAGCCUUAGUUAAAGCACUUAAGAAAAUACGGCAUUUUGACCUUUAUUUGUUAGGGACUUUAAAACAGCAGAGCCCACACUGGAUGCAUUUGUGUGGUUUCUUGUGAAGUUGUCAUAUUUGGGAGGCAGAUCCAGAAUCACCUAUGAAUUGCCAUCUUGUUUGGAUUAUCCUAAAUUUAUCUGAAUGUUUAGAUUUUAUCUUAAUCGAUGAGCCAGUAUGAAAAUAUGCCAGUGCUUAUAACAAUAGCAUCAAAAAAUUUGUUAUGGAACUGCCAUUUACAGUAAGCCACCUGCAAGGAAGUCAGGAACAAGCAAAUUCAUAAUCACUAACCUGCUGAGAACUUUAUAAAGAUUUCCAUUCUGUUUUAUCAAUUGGGAACACCUUAAUGUUUAAUAUUUAAACUAUUAGUAUCAUUUUUCUAAUGUAUAAUUUGUAUUACCAAGAUAAAAUAUGUAUAGUGGUGAUGCUAGCAUUUUAAGUAAAAUUUGAGCAAACUUUGGAAAUACCACUCUCAUAUUUUCAGGUGUUGAGGGUUUACUAAGGAAUUACCUGUUUUAAGAAUUCAGAGUAGUUAACCUCUGAUCCAAAACCAUCAAUAUACUUUUUAUAGUAAAUAACAUACAAAUAUUCAGGAAUAUAAAUUGUCUGGAAUCGGUCGCUGCAGGUGAACUCUAAAUUCUAAGAUCUUGGCCAAAUUAUUUACAAUUCACAGAAGGUUUAAGAGGUGCUCUUUUUUUUCUUUAAAACUUGAUUUUCUUAAUUGAGGUUUUAUUCAUGAUGCCAAAGUUAAUGAAGAAGAAAGCUGAGAACUAGUUGACUUUUAUUAUAAGCAAAACUACCAGUAGUUAUGUUUUAUCUAAUAGCAAGUUGAAUAAAAUAAAUUUUAUUCCAGUCAGAGCCUAAAUCACAUUUUCAAUGUCUACAUGUUUGAUAGUAUUUUUUAAAUCAUGCUAGUGCCAAGAGUUACUAAAUUCUUAAAACUGGUCAUUGGACCUGUGCAAAUUCAAAUAUUGAUUCAGUGCAUAAUCAAAAUAUGGUAAUUUAAAAAUCUUAAGUUGAAAAUUUUGGUCUUUUAAGUUAUUAGGAUGAUUCCCAGCUAGGGAUGUGGCUGAGUGGUGGAGGGAUUGCCUAGGAUGUGUAGGGCUCUGGGUUCAAUCCCUACCACCUUAAAAAAAAAAAAAAAAGUAGGCAGAUUCCAUAAUUAAUAUUGAGACCUCCUAUUAAAAUGUUGUCUGUGGAGGUGAGUAAAGCUCAGAGGUAGAGCCCUUGCAUGGCACCCUCAAAGCCCAGGUUCCACCCCCAACCCCAAAAAAUCCAUUGUAUCUUUAAUUAGAAAGGCUUUAGUGUUUUCAAAGUGAAUUGUUUGUUGUCUCAGAGUUCUAGCAAGUAUUAGAGAAUGGGAUAUAUGUAACACUAAUUAGGAAAAAAAUCAACUAAUCAUUUCAGCAGUGUAAAUAAUUUUUCGUUUUUUUCCUAUUCAAAAUAAAAUCUUUUCUUCAUUCCUAGUUCCUUUAUAACCUCCUUUUGUUAAAGAAAUGAACUGACUUUUGUAUUUUUUAAAGUCUUAUUCGUAAUAAAAACUUUUGUUCUUUCAUGAAUAAAAAGAUUAUUGGUGUGGUUAGUUCCUGAAUUUUGAUUCUUUUAAAAAUAUUUCUGCUAUUUUUAUUUUUUUCCAAAAUGAUCUAGCAUUUUAAGUAUUAAUGCUAAUAAUAUAACUUCUAAAUUUAUGGUAAUUGGUAUGUUUAAUAAGUGUAUAAAUACAUUUUAAGACUGGAUUCAUAGACAAAGAAAGUGGGAAGCAGGAAGCAUUAGUGAUAUGUGUGUAAAAAUUCCUGAUUUGCUUAGGCAUCUUUCAGUUUCUUGCAUAUUAAAGUUGAAUGUUUCCCAGAAUAUUUUUAAUGCUUUUUUUUUUUUUUUUUUUUGAAAGAAGAAUACAUAUUUGAAAUGUGGUUACCUAAUUUCUACAACACUGGACUACUAUGAAUAAAUUUUUAAAAAUUACUGUUCUGUAUAAAUGAAGUAUUUGAACUUCAAGUAGUAUAAAAAAACAUGUGAAAUAAAAGGCAUUGUCUUUUUUUGGCCAUGAUACAAAUGCACUGUGGCAGUGCUGUUUGCUCAGGACCCAACUCUGCAGCCUCCUUUGUGUGUGCCUCUCUCUUGGAGAGUUGUCUGCCGUUACUCCACACACAGGCCUUCCUCUGGUCCUUCCAAGCCGGGCUUCCAAAGCACUGUUGAACGCUGAGGAUUCUAUUGUUGAUGUGGAUAUUCGAUGAGUUGUAUUUUAAAUAUCAAAGAUUAUUAAAUAAAGAGAAUGUUUGCUUUUUUA